AUGGCGAGUAAUAGCCACUUGACCCCAAAUCCCGCCGCGCCACCGGAACAGUACAGACAGCAAGUCGCUGCGAGCAUCCAGGAUCUCGUGUCCGGACGCCGAGCCCGUGAACCCGUGAUGAGUGGUGCCGGCACGGCACGUCUGAUACUCGAGGGCGUGGUUGAGAACGUGAGGAUUUACCGAUUGCAUAAGGAAGAGCAGGCGAGGGGAAAAGAGGAUGAGCGAAAGCGGAGGGGGAGCAGAUAUCAGGGGAAAGACCGCUCGCGCAAAGGAAGACACGGUCAUCGACCGCCGAGGCAGGAAGGAGAUGGAGAAAGACUGGGCCACCGGGUGAGAUAUGGGGCUCCUGAUGAGCGUGAUGGAAAUCGACGCGGACACCGUCGUCGACACUCUGGCUACGGAGAAGGACACGAGCGCAGGCGGAGACAUGGCUCUCGAUCACGAGAAAAACACGGUGACAGAGAAGUAGGAGAUGGUCCGGUUCGCGGGGACCAUGACCAGCAGCAGCGCAGCCGGUCUGAGGCAGUGAGUGAGCCGCAGUCAUCGAGUGGUGACCACAGGAUGUCUGGUGCUUUGCCUGUUGGAGCGAAAAUUGCGAGGAAAAGCCUAGAGAAACUGCUCGGCCCAGACGGUACGCCGUUCGGCACUCUUCCUGCCAGAGGCAAGGGCAUAGGUCUUCUGGCCCAUGCGAGGACGAUGUACCAGCACAUCAAAGCCGAGCACGACGUAGGACAUCGAAGCAAAGGCUUUCUUGAGAAGCACAUUGAUGCUGCGCUGCAAAAGCGGGAGGGUGCAAAGAGUGUCGCGAACGACACGAUGGAAGGAGAAGAGCUACUGAUCGAGACGAACAGCUCGAGCCGUCCUGAUCGAAGUGGACAUCCCGGAGGUCGAAGAAGACGUCGCAGGUCCAGGAGCCGAGGGACCAAUAGGGAAGUAGGACAAGGUGGCGAACCUGUCUUCAUGCCGGUUGUCGAGCGAGGAGAACCAUCUGCUGCACGACAAUGUAGACCAGCGCCGUCCGAGUCCGGGAGAUCUUUCCAGCAGCCAGCACUGUCAGCUCAACAACCACCAUCGAGACCGAAUAGCUUCUACGGUGACAGGUCAGUGCGUGUCGGUUCACUAGCACCGUCUGCAUCUGUUAAGGCAUCGCAAAUGCCUACUCCAUCAAUUCGAGGUGCACCCUCGGUCAGGGAGGUCGACAUAUGCAAUGCAGGCGGUCAUCGAAGUGGUAGCCGUGUUCCCACUAUACGCGUUCAGUCGCCGACUCCACCAAAGCAGGCGAGCUCUGUACGACUACCUACUCCAACUGUACGUGGGAUGCAGUCACGGGUCCAGUCACCAGAGCCGAGUCCUCGAGGAUCUGCAACGCCAGUGUGGAAUCCAGGACCUUAUCAACACACCACUCCUCCUCCUGAGAUGCCUACCCCACUGCCUGCGACUGUAACACCCUAUCAUAUUGCUUCGUCAGCUGUCGACAUGCCAGCGCCGAUCAUUCCUAUUGCUCCACCACCUUCACCACCUGCUGUGCGACUUGCUGUCGACUCAAAUCGAGAUGCGUUUCUUGCAAGCAUUCAAGUUGGUGUGAAGCUAAAGAAAGCAAGCGGAAAAGACAACAAGGGCGCAAGCGUGGCACGUAAAGACGAAGCGCACAUCGAGGAUGUGACUGGGCGGAUACCGGUCUACGAAGAAACACCACACAGUCACGACGUAGAAGCACUCGAGCAUGCUCAGGCCGUUGAAGAGAGGGAGAUAAUGCAGGAAGAGGAGCGAAUUGCUCGGUCAAAGACACCAUGCAUAGCACCUCAACCCAGGCCGAAGCUACCUACGAACUUCCAGGAUGAUCUUACAGCGAAGCUGGGCAAGAUGAAGUUAAAUAAUGGAAAAGAUGAUGGAGAAGUAGGAGCGUGA